AUGCUGUACGUAAACGCCGGCAAGGCCAUGGCCCCGGUCGAAGCCCACGCCCUCUCCGCCUCCUCCCCCUCCUCGGCAGGGAGAGACUCGGGCGGCACGGCCAUGGCCCCGGCAGAAGCCCACGUCCCCGCCCGCCACCGCCUCUCUCCCCGUGCCGACGGCGGCGGCGACGACGACUACUGCGACGACGGGCAGUGCUGUUCCGGGUGCCGACGCAAGGGCUAUCACACGGUGAUCCGCUUCGUCAACCGCUUCGUCGACCGCUGCCGCCGCGUGGAAGUUUACAAGCCCAAGUGCAGCGUGGACGCCGCCACCGAGCCUGCAUGCUACCAGCGAGCGGCCUGUACCACCGACGGGAAAUACGUUAACGUCAACAUGGACACACGUCAUUGUUGCGUCUCCCAGCACGGGUGCGAGUGCAUCAAAACGAGAAAAGUUUGA